GGAACCUGACAACCAUGUGUAUACCAGGGCUGCCGUGGCUGCGGAUGCCAAGCAGUGCUCGGAGAUUGGGAGGAAAAGCUGAGGUCAUCAAUGCCCACGUGGUGGCCCCCAGGCUGGCCUUUGCCAGCAUGUUCAACAGCUCGGAGCAGUCCCAGAAGGGAGGGCUGUCGGUGGCGGUGCCUGGGGAGAUCCGAGGCUAUGAGCUGGCACACCAGCGGCAUGGGCGGCUGCCCUGGGCUCGCCUCUUCCAGCCCAGCAUCCAGCUGACCCGCCAGGGCUUCCCCAUGGGCAAGGGCUUGGCAGUAGCCCUGGAAAACAAGCGGACGGUCAUCGAGCAGCAGCCUGUCUUGUGUGAGGUGUUCUGCCGGGAUAGAAAGGUGCUUCGGGAGGGGGAGAGACUGACCCUGCCACGGCUGGCUGACACCUACGAGACGCUGGCCAUUCAGGGUGCCCAGGCCUUCUACAACGGCAGCCUCACGGCCCAGAUUGUGAAGGACAUCCAGGCGGCCGGGGGCAUUGUGACAGCUGAGGGCCUGAAUAACUACUGUGCUGAGCUGAUCGAGCACCCGCUGAACAUCAGUCUGGGAGACGCAGUGCUGUACAUGCCCAGUGCGCAGCUCAGUGGGCCCGUGCUGGCCCUCAUCCUCAACAUCCUCAAAGCUGAGUGGUUGCACCACAGCUGUGUGGGUACAGCUUCUCCCGGGAGAGCGUGGAGACCCCCGAGCAGAAGGGCCUGACGUACCACCGCAUCAUAGAGGCUUUCCGGUUUGCCUACGCC